GUCAAUCCCAGCCCCAGUUGACGCUAUAUCCACAAUCACUGUUAUGUAAAAGUUUGGGUCUGAUGAGAUUUACCGAAAAGAAUUCUUUACCCUGAAAUGAUUUCUGCUAUUGAUUCAUAUUAAUGAAAUGGGAAUCAUUGCUUUGCUGAAGAUCAGCAUUGCCCGUGAUUCAUUGAAACUCCUAAAUGAGUAUCUGAAGUUCAAUACUCGGCUGGAAGAAUCCAGGGUCGAAUUGGAAUUCCUCAAUGAAUGCGUACAGGCAAACCGCUAUCCAAAGCACUUUUGGAAGGAAAUACGGCGGUGUGGCCUCUACCCAAACGCAAAAACCUUGAAGAGACAUGCACUCAAUUAUGUGGAUACCAUCCGCGUUAAGAUGUCGGAGCUGGAGAGAUUCAUUUCACAAAGAUUAACAGCUGUGUUAUGCCUGCCUGAAGACUUGAGACAGCCUUUUGAGGAUUAUGUAGAACUGGUUAAACAGAAAAUGGGAGUACGGAAACAAA